AUUGUCUCUUGCCCCUCUGCUUGGGUUUGCUCCGUCUAAUAACCUCCCUCGGCAUGAAGCGCUUGUCAGCCUCCUUCUGCUUUUUAACCCUGUGCACGCGCUAGGAAAUGCAUGCGGGGGAUAACAACCCGGGGAGAUGUGCUAGAGAGACCCGGGCAAUAAACGCCCCUUCUGCUCUGAGCACAUUUUAAUAUUUUCCCCCGUUUACGUUUUCCUCUCUGCUGCCUUCGCUUUUGCACCAGCCUCUUUUCUAGCUGCCCCGCACCGUUCCUUUCAGCGCACACCUGAGGCGCGACUCCUUGCAAACAUCUCCAGCCUUUGUUUCGCAAAGCGGCGCAAUGGCAAUAGGUGGUUUAUGCCCCCGAGAUGAAAGCUGGGGGGGGGGGGGUGUUAGGCGACGCCGGCUUGCAAAACAAGAAAAAUAACCAUCGCUCCAGCCCCACGAUCGCGGCGGUCAAGGUGGUCACGGAGUGACCUGCGUUGCACGAGGAUGGGUUGUAUUUUCUGUUGCAUGGGUGGAAAGGCGGCCAGGGCCAUGUCCGAGGGGCAGGAGCAAUUGCAGCGAUCGCGUUAAUUCAUCUCUGGCACCAGCCGCCGCGAUGCCGCUGACCUCGACCCUCCCCAGCAAGAACUACGAUUACGACUACGACUCGGUGCAGCCCUACUUCUACUUCGAGGAGGAGGAGGAGAACUUCUACCUGGCGGCGCAGCAGCGGGGCAGCGAGCUCCAGCCGCCCGCCCCCUCCGAAGACAUCUGGAAGAAGUUCGAGCUGCUGCCCACGCCGCCCCUCUCGCCCAGCCGCCGCUCCAGCCUGGCCGCCGCCUACUUCCCCUCCACCGCCGACCAGCUGGAGAUGGUGACCGAGCUGCUGGGCGGAGACAUGGUGAACCAGAGCUUCAUCUGCGACCCGGACGACGAAUCCUUCGUGAAGUCCAUCAUCAUCCAGGACUGCAUGUGGAGCGGCUUCUCCGCCGCCGCCAAGCUGGAGAAGGUGGUGUCCGAGAAACUGGCCUCCUACCAGGCGGCCCGCAGGGAGGGGGGCUCCGGCUCCCGGCACUGCCCGCCGCCGCCGCCCUCGCAGCCGCCCAGCCUGGCCCCCUCCCCCGCCUCCGCCAGUACCUACCUGCACGACCUGGGCGCCGCCGCCUCCGACUGCAUAGACCCCUCGGUGGUCUUCCCCUACCCGCUCAGCGAGCGAUCCUCCAAGCCCGGCUCCCCCAGCUCCAGCCCGGCUUCCCUGCUGGGCGAGGACACCCCGCCCACCACCAGCAGCGACUCGGAAGAAGAACCAGAGGAAGAUGAAGAAGAAAUUGAUGUUGUGACAACAAGUGAAUCCGAAUCAAUCACACAACCAACAGAAGAGCACAGUAAGCCACAUCACAGCCCACUAGUUCUUAAGCGGUGUCAUGUCCCCAUCCAUCAGCACAAUUAUGCUGCUCCUCCCUCCACCAAACUUGAGUAUCCUUCAGCAAAAAGGAUAAAGUUGGACAAUGGUAGAGUUCUCAAACAAAUCAGUAAUAACCGAAAGUGCUCAAGUCCCCGCACAUCAGACACAGAAGAAAACGACAAGAGGCGAACACACAACGUCUUGGAGCGCCAAAGGAGAAAUGAGCUGAAGUUGAGUUUCUUUGCUUUGCGUGACCAAAUACCUGAGGUAGCCAACAAUGAAAAGGCACCCAAAGUUGUUAUCCUUAAAAAAGCCACAGAAUAUGUUCUUUCUAUUCAAACGGAUGAACACAGACUGAUUGCAGAGAAAGAACAGUUGAGGAAGCGGCGAGAACAGUUGAAACACAAACUUGAGCAGCUAAGGAACUCUUGUGCAUAGAUUAGAAUAAUCUAAUCCAGACUGAAAUAAAAUAUUAAUAUUUCUAAUCUUACUCAUGAACUAUGCCAGUUCGUAAAGUAUGGAACCAUUGCAGUUGCAUGCUGUGCAAAAUAACUCAAGACUACACAACCUUGGCUGGAUCUUGCAACGGUUUAGCCAUAACCUCAAAGCUGCCUCAUAAUUAAUAAUUUGGGCAUAAGGACAAAAUGGGACUUCUCUUCAUGCUUGGGGAUGAACUUUUCAAUGUUGUUCUUUGAAAAUUUUGUAUUUAAGUCAUUUUUCUUAAGACAAUUCCAAAAUGUUGUCCUCAAAUGGCUGUAUAUAUUUACAUACCUUAUUGCUAUGUACAUACUUUUAAUAAAAUCUUUAUAGAAAAAUGUGCAACAUUAAUACUCAGCAGUUGUGGCAACUAGGUUUAUACUUUGUCUUGAACUUCUGUGCCAGAACAUUUCACCAUUUUGUGGGUUUUAUUUAAAUACGUUUUCUUUAAAAAAAUGAUUUUUAUUUUGUUUUUAGAUAAAUAAAUAUUUGCCUAAAAUAUAA